GUAUCACUCUUCCCCAUCCGGCGGCGAACGUUAUCAUUGAGGGCUGGGACGCUGGGUUGUCAUCACGGUGCCGGUCCUCCCUUACGCCUCUACACACAAACACACCUACUCGGGUUAUCUGUGCCCAAGAUACCUGCCCAGCCACCUGUCACUGACGUCGACAAGAAGCUAAUCCUCCAGUGCUGUGCCUUAACUGACGCGAUAGCCUACCUAGCCGCCCUCGGUACGUUCUUUGCAAUACGGUGGUGCCGGUGAGAGACACAGACAGACCACAGCGGCGGGACAGCGGCCACGCCCACCUCCACCACCACCACCACCUGCAGCGCCGGCAUGGAGGAGCAGGACCAAGGCGUGCUGGGUGGUGAUUUGAACACCACCAAGGAGCUUAAGGAGCCCCAGCAGCAGCAGUCUGAGGAGGCAACCAAUGACUCAAAGGUAGAAUCUGAGGACGAAGGAACUGGACAAGAUCUUCCUGAAAGCUGCGAGAACUCUGGAGACGAAGAGCCAGUGACCAAUGAACAAGUUGCUGAGGAGCUGAUUGAGGGGCAGGAAAGUGAAAGUGUGGUUCAAGAAGAGAAAGAAGUAAAUGAUAUAGGGAGUGGAGAAGAGGUGCAAGACUUAGAGAAUGAAGAAUCACUAGACAAAGAAGCAAACAAGAAAGUUGAGGAACCACUUGAAGAGGAAGAGGAAGCUGAUCACAACAAGGAGAACCACAUCAAUGGUACAAGUGCAGAACAGAACAAUCACUUCGAGCCUGAGGAACAACUAACUAAAGAAGAAGAAGAGAACAACAAGAAUAAGGAACAAGAGUCUGGUGACAUAGUUGACUUCAAGAAGAAAGUAAGUAAGCAGGAGGAGAGUCAGCAGAGCAUCAGUGAACUCAAGUCCAAGUGGGAUUCAUUUGGGAAGGAGCAUAGCGAUUCCCCAACAGACCACUCCCAUAGAAACGAGGGAGACAACAUGGCUGACACCGCAAAGACCAGUCGCUUCGGUGGCACUGUUGAGAAGUGUAACCAGUGCCAGAAGACAGUGUAUGCGAUGGAGAGGAUGGAGGUGGCCGGCCGCCUGAUGCACAAGACUUGCUUCAGAUGCUGCAAGUGUAACUCCCCCCUCAGUGUUGGGAGGUUCUCGGUGGGUGGAGGAGAGCUUUACUGCAUGACGCACUACAAGCAGGCAUUCAGAGAGAAGGGAACCUAUGACGUCUUCACUCCGGACAACCCCAUCAAGGGCAAGUGGCAGAACAAGCCUGCCGAGUGAUGACCAGCCUUAGGUAGCCUUUGGGACCAGGGCGCGGGGAACUCCACCACUUCAUCCUUUGUGUCUGAUUUUCUUUAUUGAUGUUCCUGAGAUUAUUUGUUAUUGUGAUUUAAGUAUUUUACUCAAAACAGACAAUAGUCUCUCUAAGAAUCACAGCUCUGCUGGAUUGUUACUGCCAAACUAAGCCUUUGUAAAUAACACGACUCCAGUCCUUAAAGAAAUGUACUUCCAUUUUUUGCUUGCUUUAUGAUAAAGCUUGAAGUGUUUAUAGUUUUGAAGAAUGUGUUUAUUCCAGAUGCAAGAUCUUUCAGAUCAGCACCAUUAGCAUCAGGUGCUCCUGUCCCUUCAAUGUUUCAAGGACACAAAGCCUCUCAUUAGAAAACUAUUUCACCUUGUAUAUUGCUCUUCUAGACAUCUCAAGUUCACCUUAGUAUGGCAUCUAAUGCUGUUAUGGAAAAUUAGUUUAUUUACAUGACUGAACAGUACAAAGUAAUCAUGUCAUUAAGGGCAGGUUUUAAUGCUGUUUUAGGGACAUAUCAAGGGAGAGACCAGCAAGCUUGUCAAAGCCCAAGGUGCAAUCGAAGGGAAUGGGCGAAACAUUUUAAAACUUAAGGAGCAGUAUUGAAGGUCUCAUACUUUGUAUAUUUGUAGGCUGAAAAUUAAUAAUUUUCAAAAUAGUGUCCAAGUUUUGCUACUUUAAUACCAACUACAAUUCAGUCUGCCUUAUGUCUUCCCACAGGAAAUUUUUUGUGUCAUUUCCAAUGUGGAGAUAAGUGUAUUGUGUCCCAAGUCCAUCUGUAGGUUGCUUCAAGGUAACUCCUUAUAUAUUUCAACUGAGGAAGGUAUUUGCAUGUCCGGCUUUGUAUUUAUAAAGGUAUAAAUCUUGUAGAAUUUGAUUCAUAAGGAGAUUCAGUCAUUUUAUCGAUAACUUAAAAACUGUGCUGAAAGGGAAUGUGACUUGGUUCAGCUCUUCAAGACUUAACACAGAACUGGACCACAGGCACAUGCCCUUCAUAAGAGAACACAGCCCAGUGAUACUCCUUAGAAUCCAGGCUAUUAGUAGACACAUUAUUGUUCAGUUUUGUUUAUUAUCCAAAUUAUUAAUUCACAAAAACAUUACUAGAAUGUAUGUUUCAUUAGUGAAAUUGCAAAAAGUUCCCAUAUUUUGUUACUGUCACAAAUUCUAGUCUCCACUAUUAAAAUGUGAUUUUUUAAAAAUUUUAUUUCCUUUUAGAGGAAACAAUGAGUGAUCUUGCUUAAAAGUGAUAACUCUCAUUGUUGCUGGAUCUUGUUUUAAUGGAUAUGUUUGGGGAGUCCAUAUACUUUUUAAGAUUCUUUUUCUUUCUUGUGAUUGUACAUAGGUGUCUUCCUGCCAUUCACUUUGCCCUCAGUUGACUUCAUACGCUGAUCUUUUAAGCUUAGAACUGAGGUGCACUGAUAAUAACCGGUGACAAACAAGUGUUGUAGGUCGAUCAUUGCAUUUAUUUCAUCAGAGAAAAGUGGUCAGCUCUCAUUUAAUCAAAGGGAAGCUUUUCAAAUUGUAUCUGUCAUAUGCUAGUUCUUUUAUGUUAUUCAAUGUAGAUUUUUAAGACAAAACCUGAAAGGGUAAAAUACACCAUCUCCAUGUAGUCCCUUCUGUACCUUCUUGUCACCAGAUGUCCGAGCUCUUUCUAGUUAUCAUAAUACUCAUUUAGAGGUUUGGUUUUAUUACAGCUGACCAAUAACAAUAUUUUCAUACAUAGCGAUGAUAUAUUUCCCAUGUCUGUGAUAUAUAUUUUCAUAUGUAUGAUGAGUGUUCUAUCCUUGUCUGGCUCCACAACAGAAUCAUCUCAGGGUGAAGGAAUACUCCAGCUGCUAUUCCUGGUUCUCUUGCCUUACAGAAUGAUAACUUAUCAGCUUAUUUGUGAACCCCACAUGAACACCCAAGGCUGGCACACCCUGGUGUUCACCUCACACUGUCCUGCCUCUGAUACCAUUCCUGAUAGUCCAGUGUUGGCAUGUGUCUGUCAUGUUGACAAACUUUUCAGUCAAAGACAAUGUGAUCACCUGCUUGUCAUACCUAAUAACAAUGUACAUACUAAGAAGCAGAGUGUGCAAGAGCAUAUAAUGCUUGACUUCAUGUAACAUUUAGAAGUUGGCAUGGAUGAAGUAAGUAAGAGCAAAGUGGAACUCUAAGAAACGAUACCAGUGAUAGCCAGCUUGCCUCAACUGAGUGUGUGCUGGAGUGAAGGAUUCUAUUAUUUAUUACUCUCAUUAAAGCUGAAUAACUUGCUCUACUCAUCAAUCUUGAUUAUGCAAGGUAAUGAGUAAGUUAAAGAUUAUAAGACAUCAGUGCCAGACAGUGACUAGGAACCACUGAUUUAAGCUUACAGGUGCAAAAUAAGGAGAGGGACGUGUGUGGCCUUGAGGUGUGGCCGAGGGGGGAGGGCGGCCCCGCAGGCGUGCCUGUGGCCGACCCUCCCUCGGGCCGCCUCACCAUUAAUUACUCUCGGUUGCUAGUCUGAGCUGUCCAGUUUCAGCCAUUAUUUGUAUGAUGUAUGCAUUACUAAUAAAACAAUUUUGAAGGUG